GAAGACUCCAUCUCGCUCCAAAGAUGUCCACAUCUAGAACUCAGACUCAACACACCAAAAGGUCGCGGAGUCUUCGCCACGAACUCCAUACCCCGAGGAACCUUGAUCGACAUAUGUCCCGUCUUGAUUCUCGACCCAGCGGAGAACGACAAACACAUCGCUCACACUUCCCUGUACCACUACACCUACAACUGGCCACGGUCCGCCAGGACCCUCACCCACCCAAACGGUGAAGCACUUGCCACACAAGCCGUAAUCCUCGGUCUAGGCUCCAUGUUCAACCACUCUUCCCGAGACCAAAACGUCGGAUGGACGAGGGAUCUCGCCCGAGAAGUGGUGGUGUACCGCACGUUGAGGGAUGUGGAGAAGGGCGAGGAAUUGUGUAUCUCGUACGGGAGUCAGUUGUGGUUUGAGGAUGCGGAU